AAGCCACAAAAAAUUAGCUUCUGGUUUAUUUUAGCCGAAAUAUACAGCAAAAAGAAACCGGAAGUUAGUUUGUUGACAUCAGCUUCAUAAUCACGUGGUGGGACUGCAUCAGUGCAUGGAGAUUUGUGAUCGAAUAUUGAAAAGUCGAAAGUUCAUGACUGCUUCAGUUCGGAAAUGAUAGCUUAGAUGAAUGUGGACCAGCAGCAAAUAGCAAAUUUUUUACUCUGUAAAGAUCCAGAACUUGUGUUAGUUUGGAUAGAAGCGCAGUCAACAGAAUCCAUAUACGUUAAUUUGACCAAACCUCCAGACAUGGGUCUUGUCAAGUAUAUCCACCCUCAUCUAGCUGACCUGGACUACAAAAACCGUGAUGUCAAGCUGGCAGUAAUUAUGGCCUCUUUUGGAAUAUUUUCAACCAUCUAUGCCUUGUCGGCCUUACUAGCAUCUUUUACAUGGACCUACAGAAACUUGAGGACAAAAGAAAAGGUUUUCUGGAAUUUAGCAGUAGUUAGGGCAGUCUUUGGAAUUUUUGCCACAAUCUUUGGGCUUCAUUCUAUAUUUGUGGACACUGAACUGGAAAAAGACCCUGUCUUUGCUACAACACCCACAACUUACUUUGCCCUCUCAUCGACGGUUGGUUUCUUCCUAUUUGAAUGUUGUGCCAUCUUAAUUUCAGAUAUUGUUUUCCGAUCAGCCAAUUGGCUACUCAAUAUUCACCACUGGCUUUCUCUAAUAGGGUAUUCCCUUGUCCUUACGAUGGAGAGCACUCACUUUUUUGGGGCAAAGGGAUUGAUUCUGGAAAUGAGCACACCCUUUUCAGCUGUCUGCUGGACGCUGUUGAAGUGUGGUCAGGCAAAAACUCUAAUCUGGAAAAUGAACCAAUUCUUACUGGUGCACACUUUCCAUUGUCGCUCAGUGGUGGAGUGCUUUCUGUGGUACAUGACAUAUAAACACUGGGCGCGAAUUUGGGAGGCAAUGCCCAUGUCUGUUUUCCUGUCUCUAUAUGUUCAACUGACCCUUAUUACAUUCCUUAUGACGCCGUACUGGACAUACAAGAAAACAGCCCAAAUGUUUAACCCAGUGGACUGGAACUUUGAAGAUGCUGAUAGCAAUAAAGCCAAAAAUGGAGAAGCAAAGAAGAGAGCUUGAUAAUUUCAAUUGGAUAACCUAUUGAUGAAUUUACAAACAUCAUUUUAAUGAAUGCUAAGAAAACGAUACAAAAUACCAUUGAUAUUGCUUCCAUGCGCUAAUGUAAGAUUUUUGCUUUAUAGAAUUGUGUGUCUAUAUUUGCAAGGGUAUUGAUUAAACUAAUGUAGUUUAUAAGAGGAAAAUCUUACAACAUGGCCUAUUUUUAAUUUAUUUUUUGUGCAUGAAGCUAAAAGAUAAUACUCUGUAAUAUUUGCAUAUUUAUUAAUGGUAAUGCAUUCUGUGAUCAGAAAUGUAUAUUUUUGUUGAAAGAUAUUCUUGCGCGUGUAUUUAAAGUUCACAAACAUUUAAGCUUUAACCAGCAUGUAGAUCAUCUACAUAUCGAAUGUCAUUUGUUAUAUGUAUGUGAAAAUAAUUUUCACUGUCAGCGAAAAGCUAGAAUAAACAAAGAACUUUUUUAUAAUGUUUCCUUUUGCAUCUAUGGUCAAACAUGAAUAUGUGUUAGUAAUUUUGAUAUACGUAAUCAUGGACAGUUACAUAAGAAGUAGCAGAACGAGAACUAUACUCUUUUUGGUAUGAUGCUAAUGGAGCAUGUUCAGUGUAGAAGAUCAUCCAAUUCAUUUGCACAUGCUUUUUAUUCAGUUUUAUUCGAAGGUAUUUUAAAAAUAAGUUAUGCAUAUGGUCUGUCAGUCUGUAAACUAAUCAGUGUACUUGUGAGAGGUGUUAUUAAUGUACUGCUAAUCUAACUAAUAUGGUAAUUUCUCUACUAGCAGCUUUGCGUUGUCACAGUUUAUUAACCCAGUUUUUUGUCUGAAAUAGGUUUGACACCCAGGCAGGUUGUUAUCUGUGUAGUUUGGACCUAGACCUAAUUAUUUGGCUCUCUGGUUCUGAUGUGGAUCCAUGCUAAUCGAAGCUUGUCACAUACAAUUUGAACAACAUGAAUUGGUUGGUAGUUUACAGUUAAUUCCGAUUGUGAACAAUUUCUAUGUCUGUAGGCUUAACCUGUUCUUAAUUUGGUAUCAAUUUAAUAUGUCUUUGUAUUGAAGAAGUUGGAUUCACUGCUUCAGAUAGGUUUUUUUAGAUUCAUAUUAUAGAUGUAUCAUUUAAAUACAUAUUUUUAGUUGUGCUUUUGGUUUCCUUGGUGUUACAGUGUUAAAUGUAUAUAGAACAUUCAUAUGUAGCUAGUUUAAUGUAGACUGUAUCGCAGGAAAUAUUUGCCUUAGACAACAAGGCUAUUAAGUUCACACCAAUUUAAAUUGUUGCUUUAUGGGCAGAAUAAGUCUUUGAAGCCUUGAAAAACAAAUUAGAAAUAGCCCUCAAGAUCAAGCAAAGUAAAAAGAUGGAUAUCAGUUUUAUACUUAUUUCAUUUGCGGAUUUUUUUAUGGUCAGCUGCAUGGCCAAAUGAAAUUGGGGUCACCUAACCUGCCUUAGGAGAUUUUGAAAUCUCUAUAGUGACAUUUGGUAAGUUUUCUUACAUUUUUAUUCUUUUCUUUAUUUUAACAUACACAUACCACAUUACUCAAAUUGUUAAAGGUGUAUUAUUGACAAGUAAUGCUUCCCGCAAUAUGUUGUGUAAUCUAUAUGUAGAAACAUGUCUUAUUUCAUUGUGCUUUCUUAUCAACUAAGUAUUCCAAGUGAAGUAUUAGGCAUAGUUCUGAUUUAAAUUGAUCGAAUUAAAGAUCUCAGUGUAAUUAUUUUUGAAUAGGCAUGUAGUGAUGGGCAUUUUAUUUGUUAAGGAAAUAUUUUAUUUCAUUGUGCAUAGAAGCCCAAGUUUAAUUUAAUGAAUCAUGAAUGCUUUAAGGGGAAUGCAUUGGUUUGACUGGAAUAUUUUUGACGAGGACUUACGUUCCCCUGUUGAUGAUCAUCAUGACACCUUUAUAUUGAUCAUCCAUGUAUAAUGCUUGUUAAUUUAACCAUGUAGACUACCUGCUCAAACUUAGUAACACAGUCAGCCUUCUCAGACUUAGUAAUGUGAACAGAAAAAGGGUUUCUAAUGUUGCUGUUGACACUUAUUCAUCUAAAUAAUAAUGGUAGGAAUGUUGAUCAGUCAGCUACAUUAAUUCAUAGAACGCUUUAUUGUCUGCGAACCUGAUUAUAUCCAAGGCAUAUUUAUUGAUCUCUUGGAUGUAGGUAUAUUUAUUUGACUGUGCUUUACCAGUUCACUCAAGAAUUGUUCCCUGAUGUGAUAUUUUAUGUUUGAAUAGAGAACACCAAAAUGCCUGUGUAAAACCAUAGACCUUUGUCAAGUUACUGAUAAACUUUCCCUAUGUGUGAUGCUCCACUCAUGUAGGUGAAAAUCGUGGUCUUCAACAAAUGUAAGACUGCCUCUGUGCAAACUAUGCGACUGCAUAUUGACACCAAGGCAGAUAUACGAACAUUGAGAACAGGUGACUCAACUGUACAAAUUCCAUGCAAGUGCCUAAGGCAUGGAUUGCACAUAUUUGUUCAGAAGGAUAUAGAUGUACUAGGUGUGUAGUGUUGUAUAUCCAUUACCAUCUUUGUUCCACCAUGGAAGCAUAUGAUUUACUUGUGGGGUUGAACUGCACAUAUUAUGUGGAAUGCCCUAUAUGCAUAGAGGAUACACACAGAGCUUUAUUUAAAAGCCCCAAGGCUUAUACAAACAUCUUUUGUGAAUUUAUUGAUUUCCUCAGCUAUUAUGAUGAAGUACUCAGUUUUACCUACAUUUUGUGUAGAGAUUUUUGUUCCUAAAAUGAUCAUGUAGAUGAAUCUGACAUUGCCUGGCAUGUCCAAUAAAUACUCAUAUUUGUGCAGUUAUCAGCUAUUAGCAAGCUUAGAUUAAAGAAAUUCAGAAUGAACAGAUCAUUAACGGUUGUACUAAAGAACUUCACUCUCAGUUUAGAGAGACACAAAAACUUUUUUUUUUUUUUGCCUAAGUUUAUCAGUGUUUUAUAGCUUAUUUGAAAAGGUGGUGCAUUUCUGAAUUUUAACACAUUUCAGUACGUCAUGCAUUAGACAUGAUUUGGCAGUUGAUUGAUUACCAGAGCCAUAAUAAUUCAUUAAUGUGAUGUUCCUAUAAUACUAUAUGGACUGUAUAUGUGACAUGUUGCAUGGAAUUGCUGGAAACUCCAUAUGCCUUAUUCCCUUGAGAAAUUUGGUAUCAUCGUUACAAUAAAGUUCAGUUAU